UAUGAAAAGCUCCGAACAUCUAGACAGCGCCGGUUACUUGCUGCUUCUCAAUUCAUCCAGCUGUGGGUCAAACAGAAAUUGCGUGUUGCGUUAAUCGCGCGUUAAUAAAAUUAGUGCCGUUAAAAUGAAUUUGCGUUAACGCGUUUAUUUUGACAGCCCUAAUAUUUAUAUAUAUAAAUAUAUAUAUGCUGUAUUUUUUAAGUUUUGAAGGUUUAAAUCAAAACAAACCAACUGCAGUUGAAUUGAUAUUAAUUUGAAUGCACAACCAAAAAACGAGAUUUCUGAAAAAUAAAAAAACAGUUUGGCUUCCAUGUUAUUUAAAUCUUACCGAGGCGAGUCAAACUCUGUUUAAUUCAACUGUCCGACGUGCUUUCUCUUUAAAUGUUCGUGCUUGACCGAGGUGCUGCCGUGAAAUGCAAAGACUGCUUUGAAAACCAUGCAGGUAAUCUUUUUAUUCGCCGUAUCCAGGCUAAAAUGCUCCCAAACCUCAGAUAUUUUGGUACGCGCAUCUGCUGCGUUGGACGCUGCCAUUUCUGUGUGUUAUCGCUGAGCAGAGAAGCUAAUGCGCAUGUGCGACUCAUGUCUGGCCACAACGUCGACAAUGAUAUUCAUUGUCGACUAUUUCUAUUAUCGAUUUUUGUCGACAACGUCGACGAAUCGUUGCAGCCCUAAGCACAAGCUUAUGACGGAUGUUGUUACCAGGUUAGUGUGUGGUUACUGUUCAAUAGUUUAUUUGUGUUUUUAUUACUAAUUUGUUUUGUCAUUUAUGUAAAGUAGCAUUCUGUGCAUCCAUGCUGUGAAGUGUGAAGGACACUAUGGGUCUAUAAAUAAAGUAUAUAUUUAUUUUAUUCAACUACAGGUGGAAUAGUGCACAUGACAUGUUAGAAAGAUUCCUGGAGCCACAACCGGCCAUCUGCGCAGACCUGCUCUCAAGUGAAGUCAGGAAGACCGAGAAGGAUUUGUGCACACUGACGGGUCAGACGUGACAACAGCUGAAGAAGUAGUCAACGCGCUGAAGCCCAUGAAGGAGGCUACACAGUACAUGUCCAAGGAGAAGACCCCAAACUGUCAGUUGUUGCACCCCUCCAGGACACACUGAUCAAUGGACUGAAACCGAUAGAAGGUGAAUCUGCAGUCAUAAAAGAGAUGAAGGCUGUCAUGGCUGGAGAUCUUCAAAAGAGGUACAUUGACUUCAAGGCAACUCUCCAUGCAUGUUCAGCAAUGGAUCCAAGAUUCAAAAGUCUUCCCUUCCUUACUGAAAAUGAAAGACAGGAAGUUUAUGAUGGACUGAUUGUAGAGGCUGCAAGACUGAGCAUGCAGCCAUCAGAGUCACUUUGGAGUAUGGAUGAAGAGGGGACAGCAAAUGCUCCUACUGAUGAUGAGGGAAUGGCAUCUAAAGACGACGCUGUAGAUGAGGGAGAGCAAUUCAUGGAAAAAGAGAGCAGUCAAGGACAAGGUCAGCAUCCUCCACCCAGGAAUUCAAGGCCAUCUUGUCCACUGGCUGCCCUUCUUGGUGAACGAUACGGUGGUGCAGCACUACCAAAGAUAAAUACCCAAGAGGACGAGGCCAAGGAACAGAUGACCCGCUACAAGGACGCAGAUCUUCUGGAAGUGAAAGAAGAUCCACUGGUCUGGUGGAAGGAGCACCAGUAUCAGUAUCCACUUUUGUCACAACUUGCUAAAAGGUACCUCUGUAUCCCUGGCACUAGUGUUUCCUCGGAGAGGAUCUUUUCCACCGCCGGAGAUGUAAUCACUGCUCAGAGAAGUGCACUUCACCCAGAGCACGUUGAUCAGAUCAUAUUCCUUAACAAAAAUCUGAAGACAAUGUAGAUCACUUCAUCUGCAGUUUUGUGGAGAGUUUCUGUUUAGUGUUCACUUAAGGCCUUAAGCUACUCUGCUAAAAUGGGUACAAUUUUAAGUUUGUUAAAUGUUAAACUUGAAUUAUUGGCUGCCAUAGUUUAUUUUUCUUUUUUGCUGGCUAGACUGGCUGGCUACCUACCUCACAUACUUGUAGGCCUACAAGCCUUAAACUACUCUGCUAAGACGAGUACAUUUUAAGUUAAAUGUUGUUCUUAAUGACUUGAAUUUUUGGAUGUUUUGGAGAAGCCAUGGUACUAUGUUUACUUUUUUUUUGGUAAUAUGUUUACUUACAUGGUGGUGGCUAGACUGGCUACCUCAUAUGUUCAGUGUCAAGCUAAAAAGCAGUCAAAGAAACUGUUCAGAACAGGCCACUUGCUGCACUUUUUAACUCUCCAUUGUUAAUUGAAAUACUGCACUUUAUUUACUGUUCAAAUGCUACAGUUUGCACUUUCAAUAAAUGGAACAAAUUUUCUCAACGUA